ACCCCUGUAGUUGGGGAGUUAAAAAAUAAUUUUACUCAAAAGUUUACCCCAAAAGAAACUCCGACGUCCGUCCCAGCCGCUCGCUCCAUCCUCAGCCGGCCAGACCUCACCAUCAGCCAGUGCCGACUGCUGCAGCUGCUGGCUCUUUCUGGAAAGCACUAGAAUUUGGAAUUGGAAAGCAAGUUCGACUCUGUGGCAAUUUUGACCGAGGAAAAUUUGCUUAAAAGUUCCCACCCCAUUUUUCAGUCCGUAUCUGUUCAGACUCUCAGAUCUAUGUUGUGAUUUUCAGUGCUUUAAUCUAACACCUACGGGAUGUACUACAUCAAUAUCUGUUCAAGGAUGCAAUCAGGGCUCUUUGGUUGUUGAUUUUGGAUACUUUUCAUGGCAUCAUUCUCCCAGUACUCACCACUUCAGCUAGCUUAUUAGCACACAGGAUAUUAAGUGUACUUUCUCCCUACUUGAGCUCCAUUCCUUCUUGAGGCGUUCCCCCAAGGGUUUCAGUUUGAGUGAAGAGGCCAGGAUUCAUCACAAAUCAUACUGAAAGUUUCUUAAAAUUCCAAAAGAAGAUGGAAGGAUUAGAACAAUUGAAGACACAAGCAGGACGAUUGAAGAAAUUGGCAGGGCAAUGGUCAUCUCAAGCCCUUGAAUAUGUUCAUCAGGUUCCAUCUGAACAGAUUUAUGCUGCUGUCGCCAUCUUGCUAUUUACCUCAUUUUUACUCUUACUGGUUAGGUUGUUUAAACGCCCAAAAGCUAAUACCAUACUGCUGACUGGGCUUAGCGGGAGUGGAAAGACUGUUCUUUUCUAUCAACUGCGGGAUGGCUCUUCUCAUCAUGGUACUUUGACAUCAAUGGAACCAAAUGAGGGAACUUUUGUGCUCCAUUCUGAAAAAUCAAAGAAUGGAAAGGAAAAUCCUGUUCAUCUUAUUGAUGUUCCUGGGCAUUCUCGGCUUAGAGCCAAACUAGACGAUGUUCUGCCUCAAGCAGCUGGUAUAGUAUUUGUGGUUGAUGCUUUGGAGUUCUUACCAAAUUGCCGUGCCGCUUCAGAGUACCUGUAUGAUAUUUUGACUAAGGUGAGUGUGGUGAGGAAGAAAAUUCCAGUUCUUAUUCUCUGCAACAAGACAGACAAAGUGACAGCACAUAGCAAGGAAUUCAUUCGAAAACAAUUGGAGAAAGAAAUUGACAAAUUACGUGCAUCAAGAAGUGUGAUAUCAACAGCUGAUAUUGCAAACGACAUUACACUUGGAGUGCCUGGCGAACCAUUCUCUUUUUCCCAAUGCCAGAACAAAGUUAAAGUUGCAGAAGCUUCUGGUGUAACUGGUGAAAUAUCUGAGGUGGAGCAGUUUAUCAGGGACCAUGUGAAGUCUUAGUAUGUUUCAUCCUAUUUCAUGAAUUUGUCAUGGUUUUCUUUGAGAGUUGAGUUUAAUUAUUGUUUUGUUGAUGAUUGGAGGGAAAAAAAAAAAAAAAAAAAAAAAA